UUCGUUUUCCGCAAAGAGCAGCAGACUUUGGAGCGUGUGCUGGUGCGUCCCUGCUCAAAUGUGACAACUGGAGUUCGUUCUCCAUUUGCACUUAAUGAAGAAACCGUGCUUUUGCUUCAAAGGAUGAAAACAAUCCUUGCUUUGCAUCCUGAACGUGUGUUGGUGGCAACAGGUCAAGUUGGAAAAGAACCAUAUAUCUGCGUGUGGGACUCGUACACUGUGCAAACUGUAUCUGUUCUGAAAGAUGUUCACACACAUGGUAUAGCUUGCUUGGCUUUUGAUUUAGAUGGUCAGCGUUUGGUUUCAGUUGGUUUGGAUUCGAAAAACACAGUUUGUGUAUGGGACUGGAGAAAAGGAAAAUUGUUAUCAAUGGCUCCUGGUCAUACAGACAGAAUAUUUGAUAUUUCUUGGGAUCUGUACCAGCCAAACAAGCUCGUCAGCUGUGGUGUAAAACACAUCAAGUUCUGGAGCUUGUGUGGCAAUUCAUUGACACCAAAACGUGGUGUUUUUGGCAAAACUGGUGAUCUCCAAACUAUAUUGUGCCUAGCCUGUGCGAGGGAUGAAGUGACGUAUUCUGGUGCACUGAAUGGAGAUAUAUAUGUAUGGAAAGGAAUCAACCUUGUACGGACAAUACAGGGAGCACAUGCUGCAGGAAUUUUCAGCAUGAAUGCAUGUGAAGAGGGGUUCGCCACUGGUGGCAGGGAUGGCUGUGUUCGCUUGUGGGACUUAAAUUUCAAACCAAUUACUGUGAUUGAUCUCAGGGAAACAGAUCAAGGAUAUAAAGGUCUGUCUGUAAGAAGUGUUUGCUGGAGAGGAGACCAUAUACUCGUCGGGACACAAGAUAGUGAAAUUUUUGAAAUUGUGGUGCAUGAGCGUAAUAAGCCUUUCCUGAUAAUGCAGGGGCACUGUGAAGGAGAGCUGUGGGCUUUGGCUGUUCAUCCUACAAAACCGCUAGCAAUGACUGGAAGUGAUGAUCGAUCAGUCAGAAUUUGGAGUUUAAUAGACCAUGCUCUGAUUGCCCGGUGCAAUAUGGAGGAACCCAUUCGCUGUGCUGCGGUUAGUACUGAUGGAAUCCAUCUCGCUCUUGGAAUGAAGGAUGGCUCUUUCACUGUGCUUCGAGUCAGAGAUAUGACUGAGGUUGUUCAUAUCAAAGACAGGAAAGAAGCUAUUCAUGAACUGAAAUAUUCACCAGAUGGGAAUUUCCUAGCUGUUGGUUCCAAUGACAGCUCUGUGGAUAUAUAUGGUGUUGUUCAGCGAUACAAGAAAGUUGGGGAAUGUAUUGGAUCUUUAAGUUUCAUCACCCAUAUGGAUUGGUCUUCGGACAGUAAAUACUUACAGACCAAUGAUGGCAAUGGAAAGAGACUUUUUUACAGGAUGCCAAGUGGAAAAGAAGUAACAAACAAGGAGGAAUUAAAAGGUGUUCAGUGGGCAUCGUGGACCUGUGUUUCUGGCCUUGAAGUUAAUGGCAUCUGGCCCAAAUAUUCAGAUAUAAAUGAUAUAAAUUCUGUGGAUGCAAAUUUUAUUGGGCAAGUUAUGGUUACAGCUGAUGAUUAUGGAAUAGUAAAGCUCUUUCGAUACCCAUGUCUAAGAAAAGGAGCAAAGUUUAAAAAAUAUCUUGGUCAUUCUGCUCAUGUGACAAAUGUCAGAUGGUCACAUGAUCACCAGUGGGUUGUUUCCAUUGGGGGAGCUGAUCAUUCUGUUUUUCAGUGGAAAUUUGUCCCUGACCGGAAGUUGAAGGAUUCUCUUCAUAUAGCACCCCAAGAGAGUCUAGUUGAUUCUAAUAGUGAUGAAUCAGAUUCAGAUCAGUCUGAUGUUCCAGAGCUGGACUCUGAAAUUGAACAGGAGACACAAAUCACCUAUCGUCGACAGGUUUACAAAGAAGAUCUACCUCAACUUAAAGAGCAAUGCAAAGAAAAAAGAAAAAGUGCAGCUUCUAAGAGACGAGAGCGAGCUCCAGGGAACAGUAUAAGAUUACAUUUUGUUCAUGGUUACAGAGGUUACGACUGUCGAAGCAAUUUAUUUUACACUCAGACGGGUGAAAUUGUAUACCAUGUUGCAGCAGUGGGAGUGGUGUACAAUCGACAGCAGAACACCCAGCGCUUUUAUCUAGGUCAUGAUGAUGACAUUCUUUGCCUUGCUAUUCAUCCCUUAAAGGACUAUGUGGCAACAGGCCAGGUUGGCCGAGAUUCCUCAAUACACAUUUGGGAUACAGAAACAAUAAAACCACUCUCAGUAUUAAAGGGCUAUCACCAGUACGGUGUUUGUGCUGUUGAUUUUUCAGCGGAUGGAAAACGAUUGGCUUCUGUUGGAAUAGAUGACAAUCACACUAUUGUACUCUGGGAUUGGAAGAAAGGAGAAAAGCUUUCAGCAGUAAGGGGAAGCAAAGAUAAGAUUUUUGUUGUUAAGAUUAAUCCUUAUAUGCCUGAUAAAUUGAUUACAGUUGGAAUUAAACACAUGAAAUUCUGGCGUAGAGCAGGCGGAGGCCUAAUUGGCCGAAAGGGCUGCAUAGGUGCUUUGGGAAGAACUGAUACAAUGAUGUGUGCAGUGUAUGGCUGGACUGAAGAGAUGGCGUUCUCUGGAACUUCCACGGGGGAUGUGUGUAUUUGGAGAGAUGUGUUUCUCAUAAAAACUGUCAAAGCACAUGAUGGUCCUGUGUUCAGCAUGCACGCAUUGGAAAAAGGAUUUGUCACUGGAGGAAAGGAUGGAGUAGUAGCUCUCUGGGAUGAUACCUUUGAACGUUGUCUCAAAACCUAUGCCAUCAAAAGGGCUGCUUUGGCCCCUGGGUCUAAAGGUCUCCUCUUAGAAGAUAAUCCUUCUAUACGUGCCAUAUCUUUAGGACAUGGUCAUAUUUUAGUGGGUACAAAGAAUGGUGAAAUAUUGGAGGUGGAUAAAAGUGGACCAAUAACUCUGCUGGUUCAGGGUCACAUGGAGGGUGAAGUUUGGGGUCUAGCUACUCAUCCUCAUUUACCUAUUUGUGCCACUGUAAGUGAUGACAAAACCUUAAGAAUAUGGGAUUUAUCUCCUAGCCAUUGUAUGUUAGCUGUUCGCAAACUGAAGAAGGGAGGUAGAUGUUGCUGCUUUUCUCCUGAUGGAAAAGCAUUAGCCGUUGGUCUCAAUGAUGGAAGUUUUUUGAUAGUUAAUGCAGAUACCCUGGAGGAUCUAGUCUCUUUCCAGCACAGGAAAGAUGUUAUUUCAGAGAUCCGAUUUUCUCCUGGGGCUGGAAAGUACUUAGCUGUGGCAUCCUGUGACAACUUCGUAGAUAUUUACAAUGUAAUGAGCAGUAAACGAGUAGGAAUCUGCAAGGGAGCCUCCAGCUAUAUCACACAUAUGGACUGGGACAUAAGAGGGAAGCUCUUGCAAGUCAACACUGGUGCUAAAGAGCAGUUGUUUUUUGAAGCUCCUCGUGGGAAAAAACAGACAAUUCCUAGUUUGGAGGUAGAAAAGAUUGGCUGGGCAUCAUGGACAAGUGUUUUGGGCUCUUGCUGUGAAGGCAUCUGGCCAAUAAUUGGUGAAGUCACAGACGUAACUGCUUCAUGCCUCACUAGUGAUAGUAAAGUAUUAGCCACAGGAGAUGAUUUUGGAUUUGUGAAACUGUUUCGAUACCCUGCUAAAGGAAAGUUUGGAAAAUUUAAGAGGUAUGUUGCUCACAGUACCCAUGUAACAAAUGUCCGUUGGACCUGUGACGACAGUUUGUUGGUCACUGUUGGAGGAGCAGACACCUCUUUAAUGCUGUGGACUUACGAGAUGGAAGGACAUCGGGAUAGCAGGCAAUGCGACAGUGAAGAGUCUGAUCUAGAUUCUGAAGAAGAUGGAGGUUAUGACAGUGAUGUGACAAGGGAAAAUGAAAUUAAUUACACCAUCAAAGCCUUAUCAACAAACAUUAGACCAAUGUUUGGAAUUAAGCCUCAUCUGCAACAAAAGGAGCCAACCUUAGAUGAAAGGCAGGGGGUAGUGAGAGGUUCCAGACCACCAGUUAGUAGGGCAUUGCCACAGCCGGAGAAACUUCAGACAAAUAAUGUUGGGAAAAAAAAGAGACCUAUAGAGGACCUAAUUUUGGAGCUAGUAUUUGGGUAUCGAGGCAAGGACUGCAGAAACAAUGUGCACUAUUUGAAUGAUGGUGCUGAUGUAAUAUAUCAUACUGCAUCUAUUGGGAUCUUGUAUAACGUGGCAACAGGCUCUCAGUCUUUUUACCAAGAACACAACGAUGAUAUUUUGUGCCUCACUGUAAAUCAGCACCCCAAGUUUACCAACAUAGUGGCAACUGGCCAAGUAGGAGACUCAGCAGAUAUGUCAGCUACAGCUCCUUCUAUUCAUGUGUGGGAUGCAAUGAACAAACAGACGCUGUCGGUACUGCGGUGCUACCAUUCAAAGGGCGUUUGCUCAGUCAGUUUCAGUGCCACUGGCAAACUGCUGCUCUCUGUAGGGCUGGAUCCUGAACAUACCAUUACCAUUUGGAAGUGGCAGGAAGGUGCCAAAAUUGCCAGCCGAGCUGGCCAUAACCAGCGUAUAUUUGUAGCAGAGUUCAGACCAGAUUCGGAUACUCAGUUUGUUUCUGUUGGAGUAAAACAUGUGAGGUUCUGGACACUGGCUGGAAGAGCUCUUCUCAGUAAAAAAGGGCUGCUGAGCUCUAUAGAAGAUGCCCGAAUGCAAACGAUGCUAUCUGUAGCUUUUGGAGCGAAUAACUUGACAUUUACAGGUACGAUCAGUGGAGAUGUUUGUGUUUGGAAAGAUCAUGUGUUGAUACGAAUUGUGGCCAAAGCUCACAAUGGACCUGUUUUCACAAUGUAUACCACAUUAAGAGAUGGUUUGAUCGUUACAGGAGGCAAAGAAAGGCCCUCAAAGGAAGGAGGAGCAGUUAAGCUAUGGGAUCAAGAGCUGAAACGAUGUCGUGCCUUCAGACUAGAGACAGGGCAAAUGACGGACUGUGUUCGCUCUGUUUGUAGAGGCAAGGGGAAAAUUCUUGUUGGGACACGAAAUGCCGAAAUAAUUGAAGUUGGAGAGAAAAAUGCUGCAUGUAACAUUCUCAUUAAUGGUCAUAUGGAUGGACCAAUCUGGGGCCUAGCGACACAUCCUUCCAGAGAUUUUUUCCUUUCUGCUGCAGAAGAUGGCACAGUAAGACUCUGGGACAUUGCUGAAAAGAAGAUGCUGAACAAAGUCAGCUUGGGACACGCAGCUCGUACUGUUUGUUACAGCCCAGAAGGUGAUAUGGUAGCUAUUGGCAUGAAAAAUGGAGAAUUUAUUAUCUUGCUUGUGACGUCUCUAAAAAUUUGGGGGAAAAAAAGGGAUAGAAGAUCAGCAAUUCAAGAUAUCAGGUUUAGCCCAGAUUCUCGUUACUUAGCAGUCGGUUCCAGUGAGAAUGCAGUGGAUUUUUAUGAUCUGACUUUGGGUCCCACACUAAAUCGAGUCAGCUAUUGCAAAGAUAUCCCAAGUUUUGUGAUCCAGAUGGACUUCUCUGCAGAUAGCUCUUAUCUCCAGGUCUCUACUGGGUCUUACAAAAGGCAAGUCUAUGAAGUGCCUUCAGGAAAACAGCUUGUGGACCAGGCUGUGAUUGACAGAAUAACAUGGGCUACUUGGACAAGUGUUCUAGGGGAUGAAGUAAUUGGAAUCUGGUCUAGACACGCUGAAAAAGCUGAUGUAAACUGUGCCUGUGUCUCUCACUCGGGAAUCAAUCUUGUAACAGGCGAUGAUUUUGGCAUGGUCAAACUGUUUGACUUUCCAUGUCCUGAAAAAUUUGCAAAACACAAACGAUUUUUAGGUCACUCUGCCCACUUAACUAAUAUUCGAUUUACAAGUGGAGAUAGAUACGUGGUCAGUGCUGGAGGGGAUGACUGCAGCUUGUUUGUUUGGAAAUGUGUGCAUAUGCCUCAUUGA